AACGACCCCCAAGGUAUGGACCAGUGGUUAAAGAAACGAGCUUGUAACCAGGAAGUACGCUGUUUAAAUCCUAGCUCAGACAGUGACUCAGUGUGCUCUGUCUUUGGGGAGGCUCUAGUUGUAGAACCUUGUUGGAUUAUUCUAGGACAGAUGGCGACUGCAGCGAAGAAAUGCUUCUACAGGCAGGAGAUCCAAAAAACUACUUGGGAAGUCCCAGUUAGGUACACUGGCUUGACACCUGUUGGAUCGGGGGCUUACGGAACUGUCUGUGGAGCCAUAGACCAGAGGACCAAGGAGAAGGUGGCUAUCAAGAAGCUGUACCGUCCCUUCCAGUCUCUGAUUCACGCCAAGAGAGCCUACCGGGAGCUUCGUCUGCUCAGGCAUAUCCAGCAUGAGAAUGUAAUCUGUCUGUUGAAUGUUUUCACUCCUGAUUCAUCCCCAGAUACAUUUCAGACGUUUUACAUGGUGAUGCCAUUUGUAGAUCAAGAUCUAAGCCAUAUCAUGAAGAAAGGAAAACUGACUGACAAAAUGAUUUCCUACAUCCUCUACCAGAUACUCCAAGGUCUCAAGUAUAUACAUUCUGCUGGGAUAGUGCACAGGGACCUGAAACCCAGUAACUUGGCUAUGAACCAGAACUGUGAACUCAAGAUUCUGGAUUUCGGCUUGGCUCGGCAUGCAGAGAGUGAGAUGACGGGGUAUGUGGUGACGCGCUGGUACAGAGCCCCCGAGAUCAUCCUCAACUGGAUGCACUACACCCAGACCGUGGAUAUCUGGUCAGUUGGGUGUAUUCUAGCAGAGCUGAUAACGGGCCACGUCCUGUUUCCUGGAAAGGACUAUUUUGACCAGCUGAAGCUGAUCAUGAAGCUGACAGGGACCCCACACCUAUCCCUGGUGCAGAAGAUGCAGAGCAAAGAUGCAAUAAAAUACAUCCAGGCCCUGCCCCCCCAGGUGAAGAGGAAUUUCAGAGAGGUCUUUCCCAACAUGGACAAGAAAGUGGUGGAUCUGCUGGAGAAGAUGCUGGUGCUGGACCCGGACCGGAGGCUGACAGCGAGGGAGGGGCUGUCUCACAGAUACCUGGAGGAGUAUCACGAUCCCGAGAGCGAGCCCGACUCCAAGCCCUACGACGACUCCUUUGAGAACCUGGAGCUGCCGGUCGAGGAGUGGAGGAGUCUCAUCCACAUGGAGAUCAUGACCUUUGACCCUGACAAGCCAAGACAAACAGCAACAUAGCCUGAGGUAUUCAGAGCAGCUUUUACCUGUUAAUGGAAUAGCUGGGGAAGAACAAUACAAACUUGAGAAGAAUAAAAAGUUAACAUCCUGAGAAAAGUUCUAAGCCCUCACUUGCAAUGUUCCGAGACUGAUCAGAGUGGGUCACUUGGACAGAAAAAUAAAUUGAGGAAGUUUUAUUUUGAUUUGAAUUUCAGUUGCUUGCCUGUAAGGUAGUAUUUUUUGCUACACAAUUUUUAGCUGACAUGUACUAGAUAGUGAGAUAUUGAUAAACAGAGCAGUACUCUUUAACUCAGAACCACAUUUUGCUCUUCAAGUGGUUUUAAAUGUCAUUGUUUUGGAAUAUGUUCUUUGAAACUUGUUUUUAAUCAGACAUAAAUUAACAAUGUAUUCUUUGUCUUAACUUUGGGUCACAAAAAGAUUGUCAUGUACUAUAAGAGACAGAUACAUGCACCUUCACCUCUGAAAAAUGAAUUUGCUUGACAAUUGUAGUCAUUUCAUUACCUUAUAAACAACGACAUCAGUACAUUUAUUAUGGUACAGCAAAAUAACAAUGUUUUUUUUUUUUUCAGAAAGAACUAAUAUGGUCCUUUUUGCAAUUUGAAUAAUUUAUAAUUCUGAAUAGUCAAAUUUUAAUUUUAUUUUAAUAGAAACAAGACUGAAAUAAUACUGCUUCACACAUUAGUGUAUUUUUAUACUUAAUGUUUUACAACUGCAGACUCUUGUAAAAAUGCAUGUUGUUAAUUUCUUAACACAAUUGAUUCAAGGUGUGCUGAUGUGAUACCAGCUUUGUAAUUGUUGAAGUGUACCUACCAGGUCUACCAAUGUAUCCAUCCUGUUUUUUUUUUUUUAAUCCCCACAACUCACAGUAUAUCAUAUGAACAAUACAUGCAUCGUUUUGAAAUUAAAACUCAACCAAUUGUCUUUACUGUAUAACCUGCAACCAAAUGAUCUCCUAAAAUGUUUUUUUACUUUGUUUCAUUUUCCAAAGUUAUAAAUAUCCAUAGCAUUA